ACUUCCGGUGCAGGGCGGGCCUUCCGGCGCAGCGGCCGGAGCCGGCGUCAUGGCGGCCGUGGAGAGCUUCGUGAACCGGCAGCUGGAGCUGCUGGAGCAGGAGCGGGAGGCGGAGCUGCAGGAGAAGAGGGCCUGGCAGGAGAGCGUCUCCCCGAAGGAGCUGCAGCGCCGUGGGGUCUGCCUGCUGAAGCUGCAGGUAGUGAGCCAGCGGACGGGGCUGUAUGGAAGGCUGCUCGUCGUCUUGGAGCCCAGAAAAUGGGACCCUGGGGCCACCCUGCCCUGCAAUAGCUUUGGGCCCGGUGACAUUGUGGGGUUGUAUGAGAGCGCUCCCGAGGCAGCCACUCUGCUCGCCACCGGCAUCCUGACGCAGAUCACGCAGCGGUCGGUGACUGUGGCCUUCGACGAAUCCCAGGAGGGCUCGCUGGCCUUGGAUGCAGGCGGCCUUUACCGGCUGCUCAGGCUGGCCAAUGACAUCACGUAUAAGCGCCUCAAAAAAGCUCUGAAUGCCCUAAACCAGUAUCACUCGGGUCCGGCCGCGCCUCUCAUAGAUGUUCUCCUCUGCACUUCUGAGCCGAGCAGCCCAGCUCCGACACAACCGCUGAUGUUCUGCAACGGCUCCCUGGACACGUCACAGAAAGAGGCCGUUGGCUUUGCACUGGCCCAGAAAGAGCUAGCCAUCAUCCACGGCCCGCCCGGCACCGGCAAGACCACAACAGUGGUGGAGAUUGUGCUGCAAGCUGUACGCCAGGGCCUGAAGGUCCUGUGCUGUGCCCCUUCCAACAUUGCUGUGGACAACCUGGUGGAGAGGCUGGCCGCACAGAAGCUAAGGGUCCUCCGCCUCGGGCACCCCGCACGCCUUCUGGAUGCCAUCCAGCACCACUGCCUUGAUGCGGUCUUGGCCCGCAGCGACCAUGCCCAGAUUGUGGCAGAUAUCCGGAAGGACAUUGACCAGGUGAAAAGCAAGAAGACCUUGGAGAAGAGAGACAAUAGCUAUGGUCGCAACGAGCUGAAGCUGCUAAGGAAAGAGCUGAGGGAGAGAGAAGAAGCCGCCAUGCUUGGAAGCCUCUCUCGGGCUGAUGUCAUCCUGGCCACAAACACAGGCGCGUCCCCCGACGGCCCGUUGAAGCUGCUCCCCGACAGUUACUUUGAUGUGGUGGUGAUCGACGAGUGUGCCCAGGCGUUGGAAGCCAGCUGUUGGAUCCCCCUGCUGAAGGCCAGGAAGUGCAUCCUGGCCGGAGACCACCAGCAGCUACCCCCCACCAUCGUCUCCCACCAAGCUGCCAAAGGGGGUCUGUCCCUCAGCUUGAUGGAGCGCCUGAUUGAGCGCCACGGGGAGAGGGUCGUGAGAAUGCUGACGGUCCAGUACCGCAUGCACCAGGCCAUCAUGCAGUGGGCCUCGGAGGAGCUGUACCGCGGGCAGCUCGCUGCCCACCCCUCGGUGGCCGGCCAUCUUCUGAAGGACCUGCCGGGGGUCGCUGCCACCGAAGAGACGAGCAUCCCCCUGCUGCUCGUCGACACUGCUGGCUGCGGCCUGUUAGAGCUGGAGGAUGAAGACGAGCAGUCCAAGGGGAACCCAGGUGAGGUCCGAAUUGUUAGUUUGCACGUCCAGGCCUUGGUGGACGCUGGAGUCCAAGUAGGUGACGUUGCUGUCAUCGCUCCCUACAACCUGCAGGUGGACCUGCUCAGGCAGCAGCUUUCCUCUAAGUAUCCACAACUGGAGAUCAAAUCUGUAGAUGGCUUUCAAGGAAGAGAGAAGGAGGCGGUCAUCUUGUCCUUUGUGCGAUCCAACCGGAAGGGUGAGGUCGGUUUUCUGGCGGAGGACCGAAGGAUCAAUGUGGCGGUCACUCGUGCCCGGCGCCACGUCGCCAUCGUCUGUGAUUCCCGGACCAUCAGCGGUGACGCCUUCUUGAAGAAGCUGGUGGAUUACUUCACUCUGAGAGGCGAAGUCCGCACAGCCUUCGAGUACCUCGAUGACAUUGUCCCUGACAACUACUCCCACGAAGGCCCUCGGGGCCCCGGCCAGGUGGGCAGGAAGCCCGGCCCCAGGCGGCGCCAGGAGAGCCAGACGGCGCGAGGGGCCCAGAAGUGUGGCAGAGGCGGAGCCCCCCAGCCCGCGCCAGAGGGCCCCAGGGUCAGUGGGGGGGGCCGGCCUGAGGGCACUGGGGACCUCUUCAGAGCCAUGGUCGUGGACUUCCUGGAGAGCACCAGGACCCUGCUUGAGUUCCCUGCGUCCUUGAACGCUCACGAUAGGAUGCUGGUCCAUCGCCUGGCAGAGGAGCACGGGCUAAAGCACGAGAGCGUUGGUGCAGGGAAGAAGAGAUACAUCUCUGUUUGCAAAAAGGGGGCCCCUGCCACGGCUGCCGCCGCCCCCGCCACGGCUGCCUCCACUGCCACCCCCGCCACAGCUGCUGUCACCACCACCUCUGCUGCGCUUGCCACCACCACAGCCACCAUGGCGCCGCCUCCAACAGGGAUAGAGAGUGAGGGGUGGGAGCUCCAGCCCGGGUGCCUGGGCCCGGGAACACCUGGCCUGGCCCAGCGUGAUCAGGGCAUCCACGGCAACCCUGGGGACAGUCCGAAUCAGAAGUCUCUGCAGCGAGAAAGAGGACAGAGGGAGAAAGCUGGGCCUGGCCAGCUGGCCAGAGAACGCCAAGAUGCUGCCGGCUCCGGGGCACCCAAAGUGUCAGGAAGGAAGAAGGGAAAGGAGAGGAGAGGCCACCAGGGAGAGAAUCAAGCAGGUGAGGAAGACUUUGACGCCCUGGUCUCUGCUGCCAUCAAGGCUGAUAACAGCUGUGCGUUCCCCAGGUGCAGAGCCAGCGUGGUGACAUUGGGCCAGCUCUGCCCGCACUGUGGUCGGCGCUUCUGCCUCAGCCAUCACAUCCCCGAGGUCCAUGGGUGUGGCGAGAAAGCGCGAUCGCAUGCCCGACAGAGGAUUAGCAGAGAGGGGGUCCUGUAUGCCGGCAGCGGGACAAAGAACAAAUCUGUGGACCCCAUGAAGAGAGUCCAUCUCCAGAAGAGGCUGGAUCAGAAGCUCGUGGAGCUGAGCAGCCAGAGGAAAAGUAAAAAAAAGGACAAGGACAAAUGAGGAGUGGGGUCCUUGGGGCGGCUCCCCACCCCCAGCGUCCUUCUUGGGCCCCUGCCAGAGCGGCAGGCCCCGGUGAGGCCCCUGGGCAGUGGGUGCUGGUGUUGACGUGGGGUGACGGGGUCCAGCUGGACCUGGGCCAUGUGUGUGUGUUUGGGUAUCCAACGUGAUUUCUGAGCAUUGUCCUCACCACUCGACGGGAGGAAGGGAGGGCAAAACGCCCUGAGUAAAAGGAGCUGAAUAAAAUCUCUGAAACACUUGA